GUCCUGCAUCCAGAGUGGCUCUUCCUGAUUCAUGGCACAGGGCGGAGUGAGAGCAGGAGGAGGAGUGAGCCAGCUUUUAAAGGUUUGUCUUCAGACAGCACUCAGCACAUGCUCACAAGACGCAGACUCAUGAUCUACAUUCUCAUAGCCAGCUUUUCACGUAGACGAGAGGAAUCUUCAGUGUCGCAGGGAGUGUUCUGUUCCAGGUCUUUGAGAGUCCACUGAAGAUUCCGUUCGUGAACACUCACAAGAGCCCUGCUGGAGCAUCACUCCAGGAACCCUGGGAAUCUGUGGCGCUGCCAGUUGAUCUGCUGUUUGAGGAUAGUGGGAGGACCGGACAGACGGAGCAGGAUCAGGAAAUUGAGUUGCUCAGACAGUCUGACAGGUUUCUGCUGUGUGAUUUAGUUAAAGGGACCAAGCAGCAGCUGCCACACCAGGAUAUGCCCCCAUUGGGUCACUGAGCCGGACUGAUGUGGUGUGCGAGCCAUGGUGACUCUGUCCCACAAGUAGCCUUUCAGUGAGGAAGACUGUGAAGAGGAUAGGUAAUAGACCAGGGGGACGACGUGGAGAAAGGAGGAAGAACAGCAGAAAGAUAAACCACUCCAGAAUGCCUGUAGAGACCCUCCGGCCCUCAGACGGGCGUCUGGCAGGGGUCCCCUUCACAUCAGCCAUGCCUUUCCGUAUCCUCAACAAGGGACCUGACUACUUCCGGCGGCCCGCGGAGCCUGGAGCCCGUAAGCUGAGCGCGGUGGAGCGUCUGGAGGCGGACAAGGCCAAGUAUGUGAAGAGCCAGCAGGUGGUGCUCACCAGGCAGGAGCCUGUCAAACCACCCAUCAUCCGCAAGCCUCUGCUGUCCCCGGGCAUGAUGCUGCAGUGUCGGAUCAACGCCCCCCCGGCCCGCAAGGUGCCCCGGCGGCCUGCCGACUCAGAGAACGGAGGAGGGACAGGAGGGGUAGGGUGGCGGAGGGGACCACCUCUUAACCUGGAGAUCCUCAACAACCUUAUCAACAACGUGUGUGAUGGACCCCUUCUCUGCUCCCCAUCUUCCGUCCCCUCCUCGCCCUCCACCUCCUCUCCUUCAUCUGGGGGGAACAGCACAGGGAAUGGACUCUCAGCUGACCAGGAGAGGAGCAAUCGAGUCCUGAGCAACCUUAAACCUGUUAAUAACUGCAACACCUCCUCCUCCACCACCUCCACCUCUUCCACCUCCUCUCCCCUCAACAGCAACAACAACAGCCAGACCUGCCCUGCCGAGCCCAGCCACCGGCCGCCCCCUGUCCCAGCACGGGGCAUCAGGGUGGGGGUGCCAGCGCCCUACAGCUCUCCUAACUCGGUGACGGUGCGCAGGGUGGAUGUGAGGCCCCAGGCUGAGCCGAGGAAGCCCCAGAGGACCCUGUUUCAGCCUCAGAUCAAGCCCCGACAGACUUCCCAGCCCCAGGUGGCUCAGCUCCAGGCCCCAUCACCACCACCCUCACAGCAGGCCAAGCCCCUCACCCCCACCCAGGCUUUGCCCUCUCCACCAACCUACCUGCCUCCCAGCCCCAUGCUGAUCCGGGCGGGCAUGAUGCCCCCAGCCUCCCCUGCUUUCACUCGCCUGUCCUCAGCCAGCUCCAGGGGGUCUCGGCCCGGCUCGGCCCGGAAACACCCCUCCCUACAUCGCUCCAAGUCUGACCUGAGCGACCGGUACUCACGAGCCACAGCCGACCUGGAGCGCUUCUUCAACUACUGUGGGCUGCACCCAGAGGAGGUAGAGGGCAUGGGGGGAGUGGAGCGCUUCGCCAGGGCCAGCUCAGACAUUGUGUCUGUGUCCAAGCUGCGCAGCGCCAGCACCCUCAGCUCUGAGUGUGAGCAGGCGCGGGAACAAGGGGAGGUGGAGGGCGAGGAGGGUUCUGCCCGACUCGGGGAGCGUGUCCCCUACGGAAUCUCAAUCAUCGAGAGGAACGCUCGUGUCAUCAAGUGGCUAUACGGGAUCCGGCAGGCGCGUGACGCUGUGUCCAACGUUUAGAGGAAAGAGACAGGAGGGGGAGGCUCUGGAAUGAUACCCAGGCCUAGAGGAAAGAGACAGGAGGGGAGGCUCUGGAAUGAUACCCAGGCCUAGAGGAAAGAGACAGGAGGGGGAGGCUCUGGAAUGAUACCCAGGCCUAGAGGAAAGAGACAGGAGGGGGAGGCUCUGGAAUGAUACCCAGGCCUAGAGGAAAGAGACAGGAGGGGGAGGCUCUGGAAUGAUACCCAGGCCUAGAGGAAAGAGACAGGAGGGGAGGCUCUGGAAUGAUACCCAGGCCUAGAGGAAAGAGACAGGAGGGGAGGCUCUGGAAUGAUACCCAGGCCUAGAGGAAAGAGACAGGAGGGGGAGGCUCUGGAAUGAUACCCAGGCCUAGAGGAAAGAGACAGGAGGGGGAGGCUCUGGAAUGAUACCCAGGCCUAGAGGAAAGAGACAGGAGGGGAGGCUCUGGAAUGAUACCCAGGCCUAGAGGAAAGAGACAGGAGGGGAGGCUCUGGAAUGAUACUCAGGCCUAGAGGAAAGAGACAGGAGGGGAGGCUCUGGAAUGAUACCCAGGCCUAGAGGAAAGAGACAGGAGGGGGAGGCUCUGGAAUGAUACCCAGGCCUAGAGGAAAGAGACAGGAGGGGAGGCUCUGGAAUGAUACCCAGGCCUAGAGGAAAGAGACAGGAGGGGAGGCUCUGGAAUGAUACUCAGGCCUAGAGGAAAGAGACAGGAGGGGAGGCUCUGGAAUGAUACCCAGGCCUAGAGGAAAGAGACAGGAGGGGAGGCUCUGGAAUGAUACCCAGGCCUAGAGGAAAGAGACAGGAGGGGAGGCUCUGGAAUGAUACCCAGGCCUAGAGGAAAGAGACAGGAGGGGGAGGCUCUGGAAUGAUACCCAGGCCUAGAGGAAAAAGACAGGAGGGGGAUGUUCUGUAUUGUGUUGCCUUGCGGCAUGUAUAGUAUCAUUUCUUAGAAGAGAAGAAGGACCAGAAAUCACACUCCUCUCUAAACAAAUAUUGAAAGCAAUAAUGGCAGUGGUAGAAAUGACUGAAUGCUGAGGGUGAUGUUGACCAGAUGCUGUGGUUCCUGCUGUCACUGUCAGUCUGAAAUACAGGUACUUCACAGGCUGUGUUUAGAGUCCAGAGCCCUGUUCUCUCUACACAGGGGUCCAGACCCUGUUCUGUCUGCACAGGGUUCCAGGGCCCUGUUCUUUCUGCACAGGGGUCCAGACCCUGUUCUGUCUGCACAGGGGUCCAGGGCCCUGUUCUCUCUGCACAGGGGUCCAGGGCCCUGUUCUGUCUGCACAGGGGUCCAGACCCUGUUCUCUCUGCACAGGGGUCCAGGUCCCUGUUCUGUCUACACAGGGGUCCAGACCCUGUUCUCUGCACAGGGGUCCAGGGCCCUGUUCUGUCUGCACAGGGGUCCAGAGCCUGUUCUGUCUGCACAGGGGUCCAGACCCUGUUCUCUCUGCACAGGGGUCCAGGGCCCUGUUCUCUCUGCACAAGGGUCCAGACCCUGUUCUCUGCACAGGGGUCCAGGGCCCUGUUCUGUCUGCACAGGGGUCCAGAGCCUGUUCUGUCUGCACAGGGGUCCAGACCCUGUUCUCUCUGCACAGGGGUCCAGGGCCCUGUUCUCUCUGCACAAGGGUCCAGGGCCCUGUUCUGUCUGCACAAGGGUCCAGACCCUGUUCUCUGCACAGGGGUCCAGGGCCCUGUUCUGUCUGCACAGGGGUCCAGAGCCUGUUCUGUCUGCACAGGGGUCCAGACCCUGUUCUCUCUGCACAGGGGUCCAGGGCCCUGUUCUCUCUGCACAAGGGUCCAGGGCCCUGUUCUCUCUGCACAGGGGUCCAGGGCCCUGUUCUCUCUGCACAGGGGUCCAGGGCCCUGUUCUCUCUGCACAGGGGUCCAGAGCCUGUUCUGUCUGCACAGGGGUCCAGGGCCCUGUUCUGUCUGCACAGGGGUCCAGGGCCCUGUUCUGUCUGCACAGGGGUCCAGGGCCCUGUUCUCUCUGCACAGGGGUCCAGACCCUGUUCUGUCUGAAUUUACAGAAUCUAAUGAUGCAAGAAAAGGCUCUGGAUGUUUCACAGCUCUCACAUAUUCAGGUGUGUGUGUGUGUGUGUGUGUGUGUGUGUGUGUGUGUGUGUGUGUGUGUGUGUGUGUGUGUGUGUGUGUGUGUGUGUGUGUGUGUGUGGAGAGCAAGAAAGACUAGAACUUCAUUGAUACUGUGAAACAUGAAAGCUUCCAUAAAAGAACCCGUUUUUCUUUCUUGUAACCUUGGCUGUAAGACUGUUAAUUAAUACUGUUGAUGUUGCUGUCAAGCAUGCAAGUGAAAGUAAAUAUAUGUCCUCAUCUCAACAAAGCACGAUCACCCAUACUCACGACUCACAGUUGAAACAGACGUGUUCAGGUCAGUGAUAGUAUCGUCUAUAGCUGUGUACUGGGUCGGCGUUUUCUGUACCGCAACUGAACACGGUCUCUAAUCAAACAUGGCUGCGUUGGUCCAGUUAGUCUCUGUUUAUUCAGUGAACAAGGUAUAUGUCUGGACACGGAUAACAAAGACAGACUUGUGAUGAGAGGAUGGUUGAGGUAAGUGUAGGGUGGAUGAGUAGGCUGCUGUCUGGGGUUGGAGGAGAGACACACGACUCAAUGGAAGAGGGAUCAGGACAGUAGGUCUAGUGAGACAGGUUGAUACAGGAAAGCGUGUGAGACAGGUUGAUACAGGAAAGAGUGUGAGACAGGUUGAUACAGGAAAGAGUGUGAGACAGGCUGAUACAGGAAAGAGUGUGAGACAGGCUGAUACAGGAAAGAGUGUGAGACAGAUUGAUACAGGAAAGAGUGUGAGACAGGUUGAUACAGGAAAGAGUGUGAGACAGGUUGAUACAGGAAAGAGUGUGAGACAGAUUGAUACAGGAAAGAGUGUGAGACAGGUUGAUACAGGAAAGAGUGUGAGACAGGCUGAUACAGGAAAGAGUGUGAGACAGGCUGAUACAGGAAAGAGUGUGAGACAGAUUGAUACAGGAAAGAGUGUGAGACAGGCUGAUACAGGAAAGAGUGUGAGACAGAUUGAUACAGGAAAGAGUGUGAGACAGGUUGAUACAGGAAAGAGUGUGAGACAGAUUGAUACAGGAAAGAGUGUGAGACAGAUUGAUACAGGAAAGAGUGUGAGACAGAUUGAUACAGGAAAGAGUGUGAGACAGGUUGAUACAGGAAAGAGUGUGAGACAGGUUGAUACAGGAAAGAGUGUGAGACAGGUUGAUACAGGAAAGAGUGUGAGACAGGUUGAUACAGGAAAGAGUGUGAGACAGAUUGAUACAGGAAAGAGUGUGAGACAGGUUGAUACAGGAAAGAGUGUGAGACAGGCUGAUACAGGAAAGAGUGUGAGACAGGCUGAUACAGGAAAGAGUGUGAGACAGAUUGAUACAGGAAAGAGUGUGAGACAGGCUGAUACAGGAAAGAGUGUGAGACAGAUUGAUACAGGAAAGAGUGUGAGACAGGUUGAUACAGGAAAGAGUGUGAGACAGAUUGAUACAGGAAAGAGUGUGAGACAGAUUGAUACAGGAAAGAGUGUGAGACAGAUUGAUACAGGAAAGAGUGUGAGACAGGUUGAUACAGGAAAGAGUGUGAGACAGGUUGAUACAGGAAAGAGUGUGAGACAGGUUGAUACAGGAAAGAGUGUGAGACAGGUUGAUACAGGAAAGAGUGUGAGACAGAUUGAUACAGGAAAGAGUGUGAGACAGAUUGAUACAGGAAAGAGUGUGAGACAGAUUGAUACAGGAAAGAGUGUGAGACAGGCUGAUACGGGAAAGAGUGUGAGACAGGUUGAUACAGGAAAGAGUGUGAGACAGAUUGAUACAGGAAAAGUGAAUUAUUUCUAAAGGGAACAGAAGGUGUUUUAGAAGGUUCUGCGUGUACUCGACAUAGUCUACUGAAAUGGACCAAUAUUUAUUUUUUAAAUGUAAUUUGAAGUUACAAACUAUUGUAAUAUUCAACAACCAGUGCAUAGCGUUAAAAAUGUGUACAAAAGUGCAAUCUGAUCAUAUCUAUGUGAACAUGCACAUACAAACACACACAUCUAGGCACCAGCCACUGUCAGCCAGCCACACAACAUGAAUGUGAAUGUUGUGUGUAACUGAAUGCUGAAGUACGUGUGAUGAUUGUAUAAUAUGUACUCUGCUCUGUGGGAAAGAAAAGGAGGGAAGACUAUUUAUUAAUUCGACUUCCUGUUCCUCUCAGGGGAGACAGACGGAGGGCUUAGCCAUGGUCUGGUGUUAUGACGAUGUGGGUCCGGGCCUGAGCUCCAUGGUCUGUGAUGAUGUACUGUUGAGUUCAACACUGUCUGGCUGCCCAAAGAAAAGUCAAGCUAUGCUGCAACAUGGUGUCUUUCUUAACAUGUCAAUAAAGAAUAAUGUUGUUUUAAAAAAAAAAAGAA